CUCCUGUCUUUCCCUCCAGUCAGCUCAGGGCCACAAUACUGGGAGAGCUGUUGCUACCUCUUGCUCAUGGAGAGAAGAUUUUACUGCAGCAGGCAUAAUUUCUGACUGUAUUAAGAGAAGCUCAGAUAUAACACACCCACGGCCAAUGUGCACACAUGCACCCGCGCACUCACCCAUUCUCUGCAACGCACACAUUUCAUGCACGCUACAAAGCAGCUGACCUUACAACAAAGCUGCACACAGCACAGAGGAGACUAGCUGGAAGGAGACGAGAGGUGACAACUCUUUUGUCAGUUAUCAGCGUGUGACUAACUCUCCUAGAAAACGUCUGCAUGACAAGAGCAGUGGGAGGGAUUAGAAGGCAAGAUAAUAACCACAACACAAAGAGGAAAACAGCUUCCAGUACACAUCGCAGGACUGCUGACAAGUGAUGAGCUCCUAGCAUUUGAAGCAGUCGACAGCAAGUGAAGAAUUCAAGUUUAUGUGAACUGACCCAUGGAGGCAAGAAGCUGGAGGCUUUACUCUAUGAUUAGACCAUCUUUGCUCAUGUUCAGAAGUAACAUACUGUAAGCGACUGUUCCAAAUUUCUCCAGAGCAGCCUGCUGCAGCCAUGCCCCUGUUCAGCUGGAUGAGGUGGUCACAUGACACAAGAGCGGAGGCUCCAGUUGAAGCAAAUUCCCCCAAAAGCUCCAGGGUUGCACCUAGUUGUGUGCUGAUCAGAGAACUCCUGUGGCAUGUGGAGGAGCACGAGCGGCUGGCAAGGGAACUCGAGUGGGAGCACAGGCUGGCCCACAACAAACUUGAUAUCCACUGGUGCCAAUACCCUCGGUUACGGACCCUGAUCCCCUCAUCAGAGCUGCACCAGCUGGAGUUCCUGUGUUCCCAGAUCCCACCUAUCCACGCAGCAUCCGUCCUCUGCAGGUUUCGUGAAGUUCUUGCCAAUAACAACAUCAGGCCGUGGGAGCUAGCAUCCAUUUUUAAGCAAGUACUGAGGGACUUUCUGAGUCAAAAGCAGUUCGACGAAGAGGACAACCUCUCGGUGCAACCAGGACAACUACGACCAAUAGAGGCUUGGACGAGUCGCUACAAAAUGAAGCAGGGCUUUGUCACACCCAUCGUCCCCAAUUGCGGAGAUCACCAAAGAGAGGAGAUCCCCACAAUCUCUGGAUACGUGGAAAAAGCCAUGCGGGACUCCAACUUAGUUACAGCAAGCAGGGAGUGGGACCUUCCAUAUUACUACCCAGCGCCUCUCAGGCCCAAAGGAGCAUACAGCACCACACUGUGAGACACCUGCUCAGACACCUGAGACCUAUAUUUAUUUUUAUUAUCCAGGUUAGCAUAGAUACUAGAGCUUCUCUGCAGUUGAACGCUAUGAAUAAGUGAGGGGACAAAAACAGACAAAUAUUCACUCGCUGCAGGAUUUCUGGACUGAAGGGCUAGUAUUUUUAAAAUGCUCCCUACAGAAUUUAAAUGUUGACCUUAAUUAAUUCUGGUAACAGUGACGGAGAAUAAUAGUUUAUGUAAAGAACGACUAGAUGCUAGAUAAUAUUUAAUACAACCACAACCAGUAUAAAAGAAUCCAAAAACAAAAUACGAGACCUCCAAAUUUUUACUGUUAUAAAAAUGUCGGCCACAUUAAACGUCGAACUUGACUUGGACAGUGCCGACAGAUUCAACUGAAUUGGCUUAAUGUGACUAGAAUUAAAUACUAUGGCUGUUAUGUUGUCUUAAGGGUCAGGUACUCUAUUAAUUUGGGAUAACUGACAAAAAGCCUGUGAAGUAGUUUUAUCUACUCCCGCACGCGGUCAAGCGUUGCUAAUUAGCAUGAAGUUAGCUAAGCUAGCUUUACGUUUACCUGCUCUCUGUCGAAGGUGGCUCGUCUGACUUUUGUUUCAGUACUUCUUCAGCGACUUUAACGGUGCCAAUCGGGGCCCCGACGGUGAACCACCCCGAAAUCUGUUCUGCAGUAAACACCUUCUUCAUGUUGAGACAUUAAGUCGAGCGUGUCCACGCUGCCUCCUGGUAACUAGCAUUAGCUAGGUUGAAGCUCGCGUUAAGGUCAAGCAGCUAAAACUGGCGCUCAGCGAGCAAAGCAUUAGCUUAAAGGCUAUUGGUUCUCAGCAGCAGAGAAACCAGGACGCGGAAUUUAACACGUUUGUACAAAUAUCUUUGUACCUUUUUUUCAACAUGUAUUUCUUAUGUGAGAAAUUAUUAUACGCAGCUUAUGUCAUAUUCCACAUUUAUACUAUACCUUGUCAUAAUAAACAACAACAUUAUAAAGACAUUAAAAUUUAGUAAAAGAAAUAUACAAACACCGUCAAAUACAGUAUACAAACGGAUGUUUAUUACAGUAAAUACAUUAAACUGUACUGUAUUAAAAUGACCAAUCACUAAGCAUGUGUGAAAAGCUCAGCCUUUCACAUUAUGGUGGAAUUCAGCAUGACUAUAAUGACAAGUAAUGAUCGGUACAAUUUAAGGCAACAACACAAAAUUAAAAGAAAUAAAAAGCUAGGACUAGUUUGACAACACCUGCUCUGUACAUUCGGCUUUAUUUUUAGAAUGUGAAGUACAAACUGAAGAACAAUUUGAACAGAUAAAAAAAAAAUUACUCAAAAUUCCCUGACUGAAAACAUCUCAUAAAACACAAUGCCCUUAGACUUGAACUAAAUGGUAGAAAGUUGACUUCCAUUAGAAAAAUUUUUAAAAAGCAGAUUUAUGUCAUCUCCAGCGGCGGAAAGGCAAUGUUCUCUCGCAUUAAGGCCAUCUCCGCUCUAAGCUUUUCAUUUUCCUUUAUACAGGACAAAUUUAAAAAAAAAAAAAGGUUACUGUUAAGAUUAGUCACAGUAAAAAUAGAAGUAUGUAUAUUUUUGUCUGGUAGGAUUAGUUACCUCUUGAAGUUUUGUGUUGUCCUUUUUCAGCUUCACCAGAUAUUCGAUCCUCUGUUUAUGGUUCUUAUGUCCCACGAGUUUCCCAUUCUCCUCUGACAGCUUAACAUUCUGUUUACGGAGAACCUCAUUCUCCUACAGGAAAGAAAUUUAAUAAUGAGCUAAGUAUUAACUCGUAGUUUGGCAGCUCCUCGACAGCCCUCAUGCAUGUGUCAACAAGCUCAAUCAUUUCGAACUUGACUGUCACUCUAUUCCAAUAAAAACGUCAAUAUAAAUAUAACAAUAAAAAAGUGCAAAAAUCCAUUA